AUGUCGAUUGUGAGGUUGUCGCCGCCGGAGCCGCCGCCGAGAUACAGUGCUCCUCUGCUCGCGCGCUUGAGCGGGCAACCCGGCAACAUCAUGAGCGCGGUCGCCUCGCUCGUGCUGCUGCCUUCGGCGGCUGAACGGCUUCCUUUCCCCUUCCGAGCGCUGGCACAAACCCCGCAGCUGACCCUAGUCCUCGCCGGCGGUGGGUACGUGACCUUCCUGGUCCUGUUCCUGCCUCUGUACGCGGUCUCCUUCCUCGUCACGGCGACGGGCGCGUGGCUUGUCCUCCUCGGGACCGUGUACGUGGGCGGGAGGGGGCUGACGAGGACCAUCAGCUACCCGGGAGCCUCGAAGCAGAUUCAGAGGGACAUCGAGCUCGAGUACACCAAGCACGUCAGCAGCCGCCUGGAGCUCCGCGACAGAUCGCGGGGGGGUGACGUGUGGGUGCUGACAAGGGCGCUGGAGGAGCUUACGGCGCACGCCAGCAUGCCGAUGGAGGAGGCGGCGGGGGGGAUGAGGGGGGCUGGCGGCGCCGGCGAGGGGAACGCUGCUGCUGCCGCCGCGGCGGCCGCGGGGGCCAACACGCUAGCCCCGUCGGCGUUCGCUGAGGCGGAGUCUCUGCUGGAGUGCCUGACGGAGCUCAUGCCGACGCUGGAAGAGGCCUUCGGAUUGGCUGAUGAGGGUCUCGUUCUACAACUCCGUAGGGUGCGACGUGUUCCUCUUCAACUACCGGGGCUACGGGCGAUCAGGUGGGAAGGCCUCCCCCGCCAACAUCAACAAGGACGGGGGGUCGCUGCGGCCAGCGUCGCAAGACACUCGCAGGUGGACCUUCUAAUCCUGGACCGCUCUUUUUCGAGCCUCUCCGCCGUGGCCCAGAGGCUCAUGGGGGGCUGGACCAAGUGGGCGAUAUGGGGCUUCACAGGGUGGGACGCUCACGUGGCCGCUGACUACCUGGCAUGUCGCUGCUACAAGGCGAGUUGCCGCUUAGAGGCGAGGGCUGGGGGCCCGAUGUUACGCUUGUAG